ACUUGUAAAGCGCCGUUCCAAAUCACAAUUGUAUAGUGUUAUUAAUGUCUAUGCGAAACGGCCGUUUCCAACGUGGGUGAAUUCUGUAGCACCUUUGGUCUAUAGGACGGUAUAUCAACUAACCUUUGCUUAACAUUUCAGUGUGUUAAGCAAAAUACUACCACCUAGUGGGAACACAUAGUUAUUAAAAACUUAAUUGUUUUAUAUGUUAAGGGAUAAUCGUGAAAGCUAUUUGCUUUCAUUCUCCUUUUUUUAUUUUAACGAUGUCUUCCUAAACUAUAAAACCAACAUUGUAAACUAGUCUAUGGUUAGUGCAGUUUCGUGUUUAGUUAUUAAUUUAGGUUCUGCCGUUUUCUUAAAGGGGUUUUACUAUUGUAUGGUACAUGAAACGAUGUACGUCAGCACGAAGUAACACCUGCAUAAGGAGCAUGAAGGAGACGGCGGCAGACAGACGGACGAGCGUCUGAAAGGCACCUGCUGCAGACACGCCGUCACGCCGACGCAGCGAUGUCCGGCUUGCUGGUUGACGGCGAGGUGUUCGUGGGGGAGGCCCGAGGUGAGAUGUCCCCGUGUAGCCCCAGGCGGCGGGCGUGCGCGCACCCUAGGGCGGGUCGUGGCCGGAGAGACGCGGCGUCGCUCAGCCCCUUGGAGGAGGCGCGGACGUCGGGAACGCUGCAGCGGGAGGUGCUGGGGAAGGCGACGGAGCUCUUCCUGCUCUGUGAUAAGGAAAGAAAGGGGUUCAUCACCAAAAGAGACAUGCUGCGGUUACAAGGAGAACUUCCCCUGACUGCCGAGCAGCUGGAGUCUGUUUUUGAGAGUCUGGACCAGGAAAGAAACGGGUUCCUGACACCUGUAGAAUUCCGGAAGGGCCUCGGGGAGUUGGUGUUGGAACCCGAAGCAGAGGUGGAGGAGGAGGUGGGAGUGCAGAGGGUGGAGAGGGUGAACCCAGAUGAGCAGAGAUUCACCCAGACCUUGGUGGAGCUGGGAGUGGAGACUCUGCUAAAAGACGGUCAGUGGGAGGCGCAUGUCCUGUGGCGUAGCCUCCGACGGGACCAUCCUGAGCUGCUCUGUGUCCUGGAGGAGCUCCUGUCCCAUGCAGUGUCUCAGAUGAGGGAUGCGAUGAAAGAGAGGGACAGCUUAGAGCAUGCUCUGCGCAGACGGGAGCUGGAUCAUGACCAGGUGGUACGCUCCAUAUACGAAGAAAUGGAGAACCAGGUCAGAGAGGAGAAAGAGAAGCGACACACUGAAAACAGCGUGAGGGAGAGUGACCGCUGCCAGCAGCUGCGGGAGCAGCUGAGGAUACGAGGGCAGGAACUGGAACUUGCAGCUGCUAAACAGAAAGAGCUGGAGGACAUGGUGCGGAUGCUGAGCUCUGAACAGAUGGACACACGGGAGCAGAACCAGAAGGUCCAGUACCUCAACCAGCAGCUGCAGGAACAGCUGGAGUCCAGCAGGGCGGAGCUAGAGAGUGUAAUGGGCCAACUCCAGCAGCUCCAGAGCACCUCCAUUCAUGAGCAGAGGGGGCGUGAGGGGAACGUGUUUAAGGUGUCCAAGAACAUGCAGAAGGAGAAGGAGAGCUUGGUGAGACAGCUAGAGCUGCUUCGGGAGAUGAACAAGAGGAUGCGUGACGAGAAGGAUGUCCAUCAGUCUCACAGGGGGGUCUCUUACAGAAGUUCUUUCCACACGCUGGCCCCACUCCCACAGUGCAGCUGGGAAAAUGGUCACCCCCUCUGGCUGCACACCUCCCCUCCCUACUGGCCUUAUCCGCCACCAAUGAAGUAGAGGACCAUGCCAUUCUCAGGGCUGUGAAGGGGUGUUCCGCUGUGUGAAAACUGUUUUGGUUGCUGUCGGAAUUUGGUCUGCAAUCAGACAACAGGGUUAGUGAAUGAUGUAUAGCAGCACUAGGUAAAAACAGAUACGCUCUUUUUCUAGACACAGGAUACAGAUGUAUCCAAAAUAUUUAAGCUUGAAGUAUAUUAAAAGCAAUAAUGUUAGAGCUAAUGAUGAUAUUUUUGGAAAAGGACUGGUUAGUCUUUUAGGGAAAUUAAUGUCAGUUGUUACGGGACUGAAAUUUCCUAUAAAAAAAAAA